UUUCUUUAAUAUAUCAGAGAGUUUGUUGAUUUGUAACAGUUCUGUUUGUUUCAAUUCCAAGUUUAUUUUUAUUUUUUCUUCUCUAGCAUCUCUGCAUUCCUGAGACACUGGACACAGUUUUCUUUAAAGCGAGGAAAAUCUGAAUUCCUCUGACAUUCAGGAUGGGGAAAGAUUAUUAUUCUAUCCUGGGAAUUGAAAAAGGGGCUUCUGAUGAAGAUAUCAAAAAGGCUUACAGGAAACAAGCGCUUAAAUGGCAUCCAGAUAAGAACAAAUCUCCCCAUGCAGAAGAAAAAUUCAAAGAGAUUGCAGAAGCUUAUGAAGUGCUGAGUGAUCCCAAAAAGAGGGACAUUUAUGAUCAGUUUGGGGAGGAAGGUCUGAAAGGAGGAGCUGGAGGACCUGAUGGACAGGGUGGUACAUUCCGGUACUCCUUCCAUGGUGACCCACAUGCUACAUUUGCAGCUUUCUUUGGUGGCACAAAUCCCUUUGAGAUCUUCUUUGGAAGGAGGAUGCCUGGAGGCAGAGACACUGAAGACAUGGAGGUGGAUGGUGAUCCAUUUGGAUCCUUCACUAGUUUUAGUAUGAAUGGGUUUCCAAGGGAAAGGAAUACAGUUGGUAGCCAGUUACGUCGUAAACAAGAUCCCCCUGUAAUCCAUGAACUUAAAGUGUCAUUGGAAGAGAUCUAUCAUGGCUGCACAAAAAGGAUGAGGAUUUCACGUAAAAGGCUUAACCCAGAUGGUAGAAGUGUCCGAACAGAGGACAAAAUUCUUACUAUUGAGAUAAAAAGAGGAUGGAAAGAAGGCACCAAGAUCACUUUUCCAAAAGAAGGUGAUGAAACACCCAACACAAUUCCAGCUGAUAUUGUUUUUAUCAUUAAAGAUAAACCUCACUCUCACUUCAAGAGAGAUGGAUCAAAUAUUAUCUAUCCUGUUAAGAUCAGCUUGAGGGAGGCUUUGUGUGGCAGCUCUAUCAAUGUGCCAACGAUAGAAGGAAGAACCAUACCCAUGACAGUCAAUGAAGUGGUAAAGCCUGGGAUGAGAAGAAGAAUUAUAGGAUAUGGCUUGCCGUUUCCCAAAAAUCCUGACCAACGUGGAGACUUAAUUAUAGAGUUUGAAGUAAUUUUCCCAGAUAACAUUUCUCCAGCAUCAAAAGAAGUACUUAGGCGAAAUCUUCCAGUUUCAUAAAACGAAGACUGUGUAUGUCAACUGUUUAAAUAGGACACUGGAAAUGCAGAAGACUGGCAAGUCUGUGCUUUAAAAGUGCAAUCUGUAACAACUAGUGGAAUAUUUGUUUUUUUGUUUUGUGGGAUGGGUGGGUGGGAAAUACUGUAAUGCUGCA